GAUUUCUUUGGCUUGUCGGCCUUCCGAAAUCGAAGACCUCAGAUCGACGGAGAAAUGGGCCCAAAAACAACCAAGCUUUCUCCGGAGUUCAAGUGAAUGCCCAAGCUUUUUUGGUGUAAAACAUGGUGUUUCACCCAGCAAACCCAGCACGGCCCUCACAGGUGAAGGAAGGUCAACCGAUCCACUGCCCGGUGAUGCGGUGAUAUGCGGUGAUUUGAGGUCCGGCGCCUUUUAGCUUUGGAGGGUCCAGUGGUGAACCUGAGAAGGUUCCACGUUUCUAUCCCCUUUGGAACGUUCCACGUUUACACCGGCGAGUCAGACAGCGCUGGACAGCGGAUGCAGCUUGAGAGUCGGAUCGGGACCUCUCGCCGUGGCCAAUGACGACGGAUUCGGAUUCGGAAAAGAGAAGACGCAUUCGCUCGCUGCGACGGUGGGGGUAAUCAUUUUUGUAUAUUUUUGUGAUAUGAUGAUGAUAGAUGAGGACGAAAGUGACAAGUCGAUCUGUCGAAAUUGGAUGAUCGCUUGGCGCAUUGAUCUGUCAAGCUGUAUAGCUCAAGUCAAGGCUGAUCGUUUCCUGCCAGACGAACGGACAGAGGAGAUUCUGGAACUGCGCGCCAACUUGGAUGGUUUGGAGCGUGAGCGGGACUACUACUUCAGGAAGCUCCGUGAGGUGGAGAUUUUGUGCCUCACCCUCAAGUCCAGCAUGGAUGCCGAGCUCAAGGCUGAGAAGGUGGUGGAGGAUGUGCAAGGUAUCCUCUAUGCCGAGAACGAGGUUGAUGAUGGACAGGUUGAUGAGGGACAGAUUGACGAGGCUCAGAUGUGAAGGGCCGCAGUCACGUAGCAGCAGAUCCCUUUUCAAUUCAGCAGACCGCACACAUCUUUGGUCAUCACACCCCAUGAACUGUGCUUUUCUUGAGCUACGCACCUUCCAUUGAUCUUCCCGUUGCUUGAAACACUCCUGGUCCUCCAAAUGGUCGGCCCUGUUUGGUGCCUAAUUCGCGCCGAAGUCACACGCUGGCGCGGCAAAUGACGACAAUUCGAAGGUGGUCCCGAGACCAACGCCGGGACCUCGCCGAAACCAAUUCGCCACGAACGUUUUGCGGCGCGUUUUCUUGCACCGUAGGAAAAGGAUGAAGCUGAGCUUGGCCAUUUUUUUCACUGCCAUGUGUUGUGUUGUGCGGAGUGGAAGAAGGACGUCCUUUGAACAGAAUCUUGCUGAUGACCUCUGACGCGCUUUGGGCUCGACAGAGUGCUUGGAAGGUCGGCAAAAGUUG